AUGUUAAAUCGAUUUCUAGUGACUUUCCUUAUUGUGAUCCAGACAUUUUCAUUCGUCCAAUCAUCAAGCCUGCUAUGCGGACGCGUAAAGGAGGUUGAACUGGGGGGAAGCGCCGGCGCAGGAUCUGCGUUGGCUCUCACCCUCGUUCGCCCCGCGACGUCUACCUCCACUGCCCCCUGUCAGCUGCGGCUGACAGCACCAGAUGCAGCUGCCUUUACCCUGCGUCUUAUUGACGUUAAGGAAUCGCUGGCGGAAUGGGAACGCGGUCUAGAUAUGCCCCCAGAUCCAGCGGCUGGGGCGACAGGGCGAAAAUGGAGCAUGCGCAGUGCGCAAGCGCAGAAGACGGCCACAGACGAGACUGUCGCCUCAAGCAAUGCGACGGACGCCUGCAAGCUCAUAAUUUACAUCGAACAAAAGCCGAUUUGGAAGUUGUCGUUGUGUGGCGGGAAUGCGGCCUCCGUAGCAGCCAGGGCGGGCACCAAGCUGCUGCCACCAAAGAUAAGGAUUGUAUGGAACCCGCCUACCACGCCCUACCAACAUACGGAGAAGCUACGGCUGGUGGUCACCGCAGUUAACAGUGGUGUCGUAUGCAACAAUGAUUCCCAGUUCACAUGUGGCACGACGAGCCUCUGUAUAUCGUCGUACUUGGUGUGCGACGGUGUCCGACACUGCCCGGGGGGUGAAGACGAGGACUCCAGCGCGUGCUCUCACCGCAAAGACUCUCCAUUGCUGGAGAUGUUGAGGAGAUUCGCUGCUAGGAACCAGGAAUUCCUGGGGUUGGAUCAGCCGGAUGGGAUGACUAAGCCAUCAGUUAUAAUGAAAAUAAGUGAAAGCGAGCAAAAAUCGAACGCACUCACCGAGUUCGCAGACGCGCUGAGACCUUACGCUCCUUGGAGCUACCUGGUCGUUGGGAUGAUGGUCUGCGCAGCUAUACUCAUGUUCUGCCUUGCUUGGGAGUGCUGCUGUAAACGUUCCAAGCCCUCCGCCACCCCGCUCCAUAUACCGCCAUCUUGCAGAGAUCUUUCCCCAACGGUCGCAGUGACUGCGUCGUCACAAAUGUUCACAAACCCCCUCCCAUCAUCUCCCCCGGAAUACGAGCCUCCACCCUCCUACUCCUCGUUAUUCCCCCGUGCGUACAAGUCAUCACCGUCGCCCGUCCCACACUGCUCUCACCAGGAGCCAGAAUAA